AUGAAAAUCUCUUUACUAUUUAUCAUUUGCUUAUUUAGAGGCGUUUUAGGCCGUCCUGGUUCUAUAUAUGGUGGAACAAUGCUUUUAUCUCUUUUGAAGCCAUUUUGGAACUUUAGGCGUCAUACUUCGAUGUCUUUGAACCCCCCAAUGUGCCUCGUUGGAAAGACCUAUCCUUACAAGUCCAUAAAUGUUACUACUUUCGGCUUAAUGAGGAGUUACACUGCUGUUUUGACUGGCUAUUCGAUGAAAGAAACUCGGUCUGGUAUGAAGGCUAACAAGGGUACUUUGUACGGCUGGAACUCGAAGGUUAAGCCUCAGCGUAAUGGUAAGAUUACUUUUCUCUUUUACUCAGAUUUCAAGAUGCCGAAACCAGUUAAGGGCGAAAGUGCAGAGUUCUGCUGUCAUUUAUACUCUCCGCCCCUUAAAAUUGGUCCAAGUGUCAGAAAUGCUCUUGGCACUGAAGCCGACGACCCGAGCAGAGACUUCGGCUCUGAUGAGAAUUUAGACCAGAUUUUAAGAAAAGAAAGCAACACCAAAUCUAAAAAAAUCACCAGUUGUUGUUUUCUGGUUCACGGAUAA